GACCAUCGACCAUCGCCCUUCCCUUUCUCCCACAAAGGUCUCUCUCAUCACAAGCCUUGAUACCCCAUCGCGACCUUGACAGAUCUCACGAGCCCACCCGCAACCACAACAACGGGCUAUCCCGUCUCGAACGAGUUCGCUGUGCAAGCUAGAGCUAGCUUAGGGAUCCGAUUGCGAAACAAGCACCGACCGACCCCUUCCCCUACCUCCCACAAACGUCAUACCUCUCUGUGUGUUAUUGAAACUGUCGACAACCUCACGACCUCUGUCCUUCCUGAUCUAGCUCACGCCGUCUCACCUCCUUCGGCGACCACAAAGACAUUCAGCAUGGACACCAACAUGGAGGAUGUCGGUCGCGUGCCCACCGACCUGGCGCCUGCCCCUCUUUCGGAACCUACCACGAUCAGUGACACCGAUGGCUGGAUCGAAAACCUGAUGAAGUGCAAACAAUUGGCGGAGUCAGAUGUGCAAAGGCUGUGCGAAAAGGCGCGCGAGGUCCUUCAGGACGAGUCUAAUGUCCAACCUGUCAAAUGCCCGGUGACGGUGUGCGGCGACAUCCACGGUCAAUUUCAUGAUCUGAUGGAGCUCUUCAAGAUUGGUGGUCCCAACCCAGACACCAACUAUUUGUUCAUGGGCGACUAUGUCGACCGUGGUUACUACUCGGUGGAGACCGUCACCCUUCUCGUCGCCCUGAAGAUACGAUAUCCACAGCGCAUCACCAUCCUUCGCGGCAACCACGAAUCGCGCCAGAUCACCCAAGUCUAUGGGUUUUAUGACGAGUGCCUCCGCAAGUACGGAAACGCCAACGUCUGGAAGUACUUCACCGACCUGUUCGACUACCUUCCCCUGACCGCCCUCAUCGACAACCAGAUCUUCUGCCUCCACGGAGGUCUGUCUCCUAGCAUCGAUACCCUCGAUAACAUCCGAGCCCUGGAUCGUAUCCAGGAGGUACCCCACGAGGGACCCAUGUGCGACUUGCUGUGGUCAGACCCGGAUGACCGUUGCGGAUGGGGCAUAUCCCCUCGUGGUGCUGGUUACACCUUCGGACAGGAUAUAUCCGAGGCGUUCAACCACAACAAUGGCUUGACCCUCAUUGCUCGAGCUCAUCAGCUGGUCAUGGAGGGCUACAACUGGUCUCAAGACCGUAACGUGGUCACCAUCUUCUCUGCCCCCAAUUACUGCUACAGAUGCGGUAACCAGGCUGCUAUAAUGGAGAUUGAUGAACAUUUGAAGUAUACCUUCCUCCAAUUCGAUCCGUGCCCAAGGGCUGGUGAGCCCAUGGUCUCAAGACGGACACCAGACUACUUCCUCUAAGCGGAAAGACAGUCUCCACGUUCUUCACAUCUUGGUCUUGGCACAGCAAUCGAAGCAAAUAGCCCGCCUGAACUUAUAUCCUGCAUUUUUGUGCGUUCUUCGUGGUGCGUUGCGGUUGAGGCUUAGAGUCGAGAAGGGAGUGUUGAAGUAGAUGCGUCAUGACCGUGAUUGCAGUGCUUGAGAAGUGCAUCCUACGCUUGUGUGCGGCAUACAUCAACUAGACCCCCGAAAGAAUAUACAUGCCACUGCAGGUGGACCUGUCUAGACCAGAGGCAAACUCUAGGCGUCUUUUUGCAAGCCGGAUUGACCUAAUGAACACAUUAUACAGA